AUGAAAAGUACAGUAUUUACAAUUCAGAUAUUAACUCUGAUUGAGGCAGCUAGCAUAGUUGGGAUGAAAAAUAGAGGUGGAAUAUUUGUGACAACAGUUACAGCAGGAUUUGUUCUACUGUGCACACCUUUCAAGAUGUAUGGAACAUCAUUUCUGAGAGACAGUAUAUUUUAUCUCAUGGCGGUUCUGUGGUUGUAUAUUAUAUUCCUUGAUGGACACCUUACAUACAUUGAGACCACAGCUAUGAUAAUAAUAUAUGGAGUUUACUUGGCAGUCGUACUGAUUGGAAACUAUAUUGAGGCCUACAAGCUGAAGAAAGAACAAAUCAGGUCAUUUAUGGAAAAAGUAGGGAACAAUCAAAGUUCUCGGCGGAGUACAAGGCACACACUCCCACCUCCCACACGACAGCGUAAACAGUCCAUAAGUACAUUAAUUGAUGUGGCUUUGAAGGCUGAACGUCGCUCUGUAAUAUCCCGAAUGGGAAUCAAAGAAGAAAAGAGAGAAGAGAGAUCCGGACAAACAGCAUCUCUGAACCAACCAGAGGAGAAUAAAGGUACAUUUGUCUGGAUUUUGUGUGUUAAAUCUAGGUGCUUUUUUUAUUAG